AUGGGGCUGCGCACAGUGCAUAUUGGAAAUCACGCAUUAAACGAGAAAGUAAGUUUUCUUUUUUUGCAGGCGGACGUGUUGCGCGCGUGUGGCAUCACUCAGCUGCUGGACGCAGCGCUGGCAGGCUUUAAUGUCACAAUCCUCACAUAUGGCCAGACGGGCUCCGGCAAAACCUUCACCAUGUCCGGGCGCGAGGACAUCCUGGAAAUGGAUGACUACAACGGUGAGUCAUCCCUCUGCCCAAAGGCCCCCUGUACUGAUGGCAAAGCAAGCAAGUUGAGCAGGAACUCAACUUUUGUUGCUGAGGCGUCCUACUGUGAGAUAUACAACGAGGCGCUGUAUGAUCUGCUGCGAUGGACGAAGCAGCAGCUGCCGGUGCGAUGGGAUGCUGGUAAAGGAUUCCACGUCCCCGACCUCAUGAUCAGGGACUGCCCUGCCAUGGGCGACAUGCUGAACGUGAUAAGUCGGGGCAUGCAGCACCGGCGCAUGGGCAGCCAUGAGCUGAACAUGGAGUCCAGCAGGUCCCACUCCAUCAUGACCGUCUACUGCGACACCGCUGUCGGCCCGCCAGCAGAGCGCGGCUCGCUCAGCUCCUCGCUCACCGCCGUGGGCAAGAUCAGCUUUGUAGACCUGGCUGGCAGCGAGCGGGUGAAGGACACAAAGACCAGCAAUGGCAUGCUCAAGGAGGCCGGCUCCAUCAACAAAUCUCUCUUCACCCUCGGCAAGGUGAUAAGUGCGCUGGCCGAGAACGGCGGCGGCCCGGGCGGGGGGUUGCAUGUGCCAUACCGGGACAGCAAGCUGACGCGGCUGCUGCAAGACAGCCUCGGAGGCUCCGCGCUCGCGCUCAUGAUCGCCUGCUGCUCCCCAGCCGCCUCCGCCGCCGAGGAAACUCUGUCGACUCUCUCCUACGCAACGCGCGCCAAAAACAUCCGCAACCGGCCCGUCCUGCAGGCGAGUGACAGUCUUCUGUUGCAGUAG